UUCCCAAAACCACCAAACGACAGGGACCUAAAGCGCAUUUUACCUGCUUGCCCUUCUCGUUUCUUCCAUUCUCCGACUGAGGAAAACGACUAUCAGAGUCCCUGUCUCUUCUCAUUGUUAUCACAGCCGUGUUUUCUUCUCUCAGACAGCAAAAAAGCUCCCCUCCCAAACCCGAAUAAACUCGGAAAACCCUAAUUGUCAGUCUUCACACACUCUCUUGCUCUCUCUUUCUGCUCUGUGCUCUUGGGUUUCGUCUAUGCUAAGCGAUGGACCAUAGAAACUCCACCACCAACCAUACUUCCAAGCGAAAAAGAGACGAUUCUGAACUCCCCCUCGAGAACGGCGGCGGCUUCACCGGUGGCGUCGAUCUCUCCCUCCUCGAAGCCGUCGAGAAGUCUCAGAACUCUAUCGAAGUCCUUGACCUCCGAACCCUAAAAAAGAUUGUCCUCUCCUUCGAACGCCGUCUCCGCGACAACCUCGAAGCUCGCCUCAAGUACCCCGACCAACCUGAACGGUUCGCCGAUUCUGAAGUCGAACUUCACGAAGAGAUCGACAAGCUUAAGAUCCUUGCUGGUGGUCCUGAGCUCUACCCAGAGCUCGUGAACCUCAACACGGUUCCGUCCAUUUUGGGGUUGCUUGGUCAUGACAACACAGACAUUGCAAUCGAUGUGGUUGGAUUGCUUCAAGACCUCACUGAUGAAGAUGUUCUUGAAGAUAAUGAUGAACCGGCUCGGAUUCUAGUCGAUUCCUUGGUCGAAAACAAUGCUCUUGAGUUGCUAGUUCAGAAUCUUGGGAGACUGAAUGAGAGCGAUCCAGAUGAGGUUACAGCGAUUUAUAACACUCUUGCUACGAUCGAGAACAUGAUUGAAGUGAAACCGGCUGUGGCGGAACUCGUCUGCGAGAGGACCAAGUUGUUGCGGUGGCUAUUGGGGAAAAUUAAGGUUCGAGAGUUUGAUAGCAACAAGCAGUAUGCGUCGGAAAUUCUUGCAAUUCUGUUGCAGAAUAGUACUGCAAACCAGAAGAGGUUGGGGCAGAUGAAUGGUGUUGAUGUGGUAUUACAGGCGGUUGCACUUUAUAAGUCUAGGGACCCAAGGAGUUCGGACGAGGAGGAAAUGUUGGAGAAUUUGUUUGAUUGUUUGUGUUGUUUGUUGAUGCCAGUGGAGAAUAAGGAGAGGUUUGUGAAUGCCGAAGGUGUUGAGUUGAUGAUUAUUAUCAUGAAGCAAAAGAAAUCAGCUUAUGGGUCUGCAAUAAGGGCGCUUGAUUUUGCUAUGACGAAGUACCCUCCUGCUUGUGAACGGUUUGUGGAUGUUUUGGGGUUAAAGACUGCAUUUUCCGCUUUCAUGGGCAAGGUCAGAACUUCACAGCCUGCACAUGCUAUUUCUGUGAUGUUUUUCUAUAUUGGUCAUUCUGUUACAUCUAUUACUGCACUGCAAUUCUUUAAUUUUUCCCUUCCGAACACUGGUUUCUAUUUUCUGAUCAGUUUAGCUUCCAUUUCUGAAUCGCCUCCAUCAGUUUCUAAUUGUUCUUCCUCGAGAUUCUAA